AUGGGCACCCUCCCUGCUAUCGCCGCCUCGGCGACGCUGCCACAGAAGGGGGACAGGAUCCAUGCGUAUUGGGAACGUCAAAUUCAUGCGACGGUCAUGCUGCUGGUCGCCAAAGGGCACAUGAAGGUUGACGAGGUGCGACGCGGCACGGAGUACUUGGAGCCUGAGGUCUACAAGAACGCGUCCUACUACGAAAAGUGGGCCAUUGCUGUGGCCAAUGCCAUGCUGGAGCAUCAAGUGCUCAGCAACCAGGAGCUUUUUGAGGCGCUGGGGCCCGACCACGAGGACCCGGUGCAGCGGUUCUCCCCUGGAGACUGCGUUCGGGUGCGCCAUGCAUCCCAUGCGACCCGGUGGCGCCGCCCUCAUCUGCGAACUCCUGGCUUCAUCCAUGGCGUCUGUGGUACGGUGGACCGCUAUGUGGGCAAUUUCGACAACCCAGAGCAGCUUGCCUUUGGCGGCAGAAGCUGGUCGAAGAGCCCGCUGUACAUAGUCCGCUUCGAUGCUGGCAGCAUCCAGGACUUCGAUGCUGGUGAGAGAGGAAAGGACCAGGCAGGAGUCCUGCCAAGUCUGAUAACUAAGUGCAUGGAGCCUCUGGCAGCGGAAAGCAACGAGCGAGAAACCCUUGGCCCCCCGAGCGCGGCGCAAAGUGCCUGUUCGAUCCAACAGGACUGCAAGAGAGCCCGUACCGAGAAUCACCCGGAGCAUGAGGGGCACGACCACGUCCACGAGGAGCGGCACACGGUUGAGCAGCGCGCUGUGGAUGAGGAGGUUGCUUGCCCGCCCAUUGCCCGCGCUCUGGUGUCGGCUUUGCUGAGCAAAGGCGUCAUCGCAGCAGAGGAGCUCCGAGUUGGCAUUGAGAAGGUAGAUGCAGGAGAGCAGCAGCGAGGAGCAGUCGGACGUCGCGUGGUGGCACGGGCUUGGACGGACGAGACGUUUAAGUCCCGGCUGCUCUCCGAUGCCAACAGCGCCUGCUCCGAGCUGGGAAUCUCAGCGACGAAUCCGACGGCACCGACGCGGCUCGUGGUCUUCGAGCAAAAGCCUGAGGAGCACCACCUGAUCGUCUGCACUCUCUGUAGCUGCUAUCCGUUGACCUUGCUGGGGCUCUCCCCGGAUUGGUACAAGUCUCGAGAAUACCGAUCGCGCGCUGUACGUGAGCCUCGCUCCGUGUUGAAAGAGUUCGGAACCGACAUUCCUGCUGACAUGCAGGUGGUGGUGCACGACUCCACCGCGGACUGCCGCUUUCUGGUUCUCCCAAAUCGUCCUAAAGGUACCGAGAACUGGACGGAAGAGAAGCUGCAAGAGAUUAUCACGCGCGAGCUCGGGAACUUCAUCGCAAAAUACGAUCUCGACGGUGUAGAUUACAACUGGGAGUACCCAGGCUAUCGAUUCGGACAGGGCUACCUCUCCGAGGAGGAGGUGAACGCGGACUACAAAGGCUUGUCCAAGCUUGUGUUCUCAACGCGAGCGAUGUUUUCAAAGCACAAGUGGAAUUCCAAGGUGAUCACCAUGGCAUAUUAUCCGGACGGUCGGCAAGAACAAUUGCUGAAGGAACAUCGUAUUUCAGAGGUGGUGGACCUCUUACACAUGAUGAGCUAUGACCAAGGCGGUGGGCAUCACAGUUCAAUGGACUAUGGGAAGAGAAGUGCCGAUCAAGGGAAGGGCAUCUUGCCACCACUCCAAUUGACAAUGGGUGUGCCUUUCUACGGUCGCCAUAGCCGCACUGGCGAAUGGACUACGUACGAAGACUUGGUACAGAAACACUGGCCACUUGAUCCCAAAGUGGAUUCUGUGGCAGCAGCGGGUCAAGGAUCGAUCGGUUUUAACGGCGUGGAUACUAUCCGGGAGAAGACGCUCUAUGCCUUGAAGCAAGGUUUGGGCGGCGUCAUGAUUUGGGAAGUCGGACAAGACUGUCGGCUGGUCCCUGUUGUCCUUGCCUCGGUCAGUGAACUCUGA